AUGCAUAAUGUGGAAUUGAGAGUCGUCGAGGAGCACUCGGAAUGUCUGUACUUCAUCCAGCGACUGCUCGCGCGCGGCAAACUGCCUAUUGAAGGCUUCAAAAUGGUCCACUACGACUCGCAUCCUGAUCUCUGCGCGCCGAUUGGCUUCACAAUGGAGCACCUUUCAAACUCAGAAAAGAUGCGGGAGAUGACCUCGAUUGAGUCCUGGAUCCUCCCGCUCGUCUGCGCCGGCCAUUUGAAGGAAAUAAACUGGGUGCGUCCUCCCUGGGCCGAUCAGCUUGCAGAUGGCAGAAGAGAGCUUUCGGUCGGCUUUGCGGAAGGAAUCAUCGAAAAGGGAAAAACCAGGCUUGCUGUGAGCUGGGCGACGGAUUACUACACUUCUGACGCGACCUACUGCGCUGAGGAGAAAAUGACGGAUGCGAAGAAAUUGACGCUGACUGUUUCGACGGAGCCGUCCUACUCGAAGAAAGAAGAUAUGGAACCUUGGUUUCUUGAUGUCGAUUUAGAUUACUUUUCUUGCGACGAUCCUUUCACGCAAGAUAUUCAGGGCGACGAUUUGGUCAGGAUUGGAAAGCUCUUUUCUGCGGGGAAACAGUUGUCAGACGAAGAGCCAGUAGAACUGCACGAAGAGUUUCAAAAGCGACGAGCGGAAAAACUUCGCAAAUUCGAGUCCUUCCUGCUUGGGCUCGACAAAGCAUGCGAAAAGUACGAUCAAAUGGAGGAAGAAGAUUUCGCGGAAAGUGACGAUCCGCAUUUGAAGGAGGCAUUCAAGAUCUGGAAGAGCCAGCGGAAGCUUACCCAAAGCGCCGUCGAACUCAGCGGGGAAAACUGCUCUGAAGUGAACGAUGGCUGGCUGAUUUACAACGCCGGCUGCACCAGUCAAGACGACGGACCCGCGCUGCCCGUGCACAUUUCCACGGAACUGGAAAUCGAGCAGAUGAUCAAGCAAUUUGGUACAAAAAUGCGAUGCGUGUUAGCUGAUUUAGGCCUUCCAGCGGGAAUUUGCCUCGCCAGGAGCACAAAAGAUGGAUAUUGCCCAGAAGCACAAGUGGAGUCUAUUCAAAGUUCUGUGAUAGCAGUUCUGAAGGAAAUAUUCAAAGAGUUCUCUCCUGCCUCAAAAUUACUCAUAAACGAAGCUUACAAAUCUUAG